AUGUCACCCCCCGCAAUCAUCGCCCCCUCCAUCCUGAGCGCCGACUUCGCAACCCUCGGGUCGGAAUGCUCGACCAAGAUCUCCGAGGGCGCCGACUGGCUGCACGUCGACAUCAUGGACGGCCACUUCGUGCCAAACAUCACAUUUGGUGCGCCGGUCGUCACGAAGAUCCGCUCGCAUGUCGCUCGUCCAACUGAGGCGCACGGGAAGGGGACGUUCGAUUGCCAUAUGAUGAUUGCGGAGCCCCACAAAUGGGUGAAGGACUUCAAAGACGCCGGGUGCGACCUGUACUGCUUCCACUACGAGGCGUCGGUGUCCUCUGUCGCGGCCAAGGAACCCGCGGACUACGAGACGACGCGCAAGACGAGCCCCAAGGAGUUGAUCCGGUAUAUUCAUGAGAUGGGGAUGCAGGCGGGUAUCGCGAUUAAGCCGGAUACGCCGGUUGAUGUGCUCUGGGAUAUUCUUGCGGCGGAGGAUGAGAAGGAGAAGCCGGAUAUGGUUCUCGUCAUGACUGUGUACCCCGGGUUCGGCGGACAGAAGUUCAUGGCCUCGGAGCUUCCCAAGGUCAAGGCGCUGCGCGAGAAGUACCCUGAUCUGAACAUCGAGGUGGACGGUGGACUGGGUCUUGGAACGAUCGACCAGGCUGCGGAGGCGGGUGCGAACGUCAUCGUCGCUGGGUCGGCUGUCUUUGGCGCCGAGAACCCCGGUGACGUUAUUCAGAAGCUGCGCGAGGCGGUCAACAAGCAAAGGAAGGAGUGA